ACUUACAAAUAAAUUUUCUGUUGAUAAUUUUGAAAAUUACGUAACUGUAUUUUGUUAAUCAAAUAUAAGACAAAUUUUUAUAGACGUUUACAUUUUCAGUAAAAUAUUUACUUUUGAGACGAUCAAUUUUACGAUUGUUAUUAAUUUUUAAUUAAAGUUUAAUUAGUGAUAAAAGUUUUUUUUUAAAUUUAUUGUUGCAACAAAAUAAUAAUGAGUAUUAAUAAUUCAUUGGACAAUACUAGCUACAGUAUACUAGAUAUAACGAACGCUUUUGAAAAUGUAAAAUUAUCGGCAUUGAAAAAGGCAAUAAAAGUCUCUGGAUCUAUAAAUAGCGUGACGAUUGGUCCCAAUGCUGUCAUUGAAUCAUCAUGUAAAGAAAACAUUGAAAAUGUUUCCAAUAAUACCAAUAAUAAUAAUAAUAAAAUCAAUGAAUCAAAAUCGAACGAAUCAUCGCCUGCUACUGAAUCAUCCCGAGGAUCAAUAAGAUUUUCAAUAAAAAAAAUUCUUGUCGAAAAUGAACUCCAGCGCAAAGAAGAAGUCAGAAAAUCCGUGGAGAAAAGAAAAGAAGAAAUGGAACGAGCAUCAAAAGCAUUUCGGGAGGAAAUGCUUUUGCUCAGAGAAAUUUUGACAGCAAAAAAAGAACAAGAGCGAGCCGCUGAAUUGGCGAGACUUGAAGCUGAUGAGGAGAGACUGGCACAGCAGGAUGAGAUUAAGCGAAGACAUGCGCAGCAGCUUCACGCUCAAAGACUCCAGGAACGUAAAGAAAGAUUUGAACGCGAAGCUCAGCAGCAUCAGGCAUUGUCUGAAAGAAAGGCUUUAAUUACUUCUCUGGAUGAAAUGUUUAAAGAAAAAAUAAAAUCUCUCUGCGUACUUUCUAGUGGUUCGAAAGAUCACACCGCAGUCGCUCAAGCCCUCGCUCCCUUUGUUGCUAAAUUUCGUGAGCUGCACAAACAGAUCGAAAGCGUCAAUGAAAAAGCGCGACGAGGUGAAUUGAAUUCCGCUGACGUCACUUACGCCGAAAAUAUUGUCCAGCAAGCAGACGAAAUUUUCAAUCUUUCAAAAAUUGAAAUCAACAGAAUCGACGCUCUCUAUGAUGAAGAAGUAGCCAGACGCGAGCAAGAUGUGAAACAAGCGGAAGCUCACGCUUACGCUCAAGCAGAAGCUGAAGCUGCAAACAUUCAAGCAAUCACUCAGGCCCAGGCUCAGGUUUCCGAGCAACAAAAACAAGCAGGGCCUCAAGAGACUCUGACUGAACAAUUGCCAGAUACUCCGCCAAGCGAAUCAAAUUUUUAUGAGGACCAGGAGUCACUUCAAAUUCUGAUAAACGCGACAACUUUUUUAAAUCGAUAUGCUGAGUGCUAUCAAAACUUUUUACUGUCUCCUGAAACAAAAAGAUUCAGGUUCGAGUGCCAAAAAGCCAUUAAUAUUCCAGUCAACACGAUAUCCGCUGCCAGUGGAUCAGAUUUGAUGGACAAAUACAAUAAACUUCGAUUAUUGUUGCAAGGAAACACUAAUCUCAAUAUAAAUCAAUACCCAGAAAGUGUUGCGUUCUGUAAAAAUUUACUUGCCAAAAAUAUUGUGAAUCAAGGGGAGACUCUGGUUUCCAGUAAACCGGAAAUGGCGUUCGGAGUUGCAGCAGUUACUGUGGCGCUGUGCUGUGACUUUCCAGAUUUGAUGGCACUGCUGUUAGCUCACUUUCGCACGAUUUGUCCUUAUAUCUGUCCUGUAUAUUUAUCUCAAUUACCGGGACAAAGUAACGAGGACUACUACAAGUCUAUAGGAUAUAAAUACACUGAUGGUGUGAUCGAGAGACAGGACAAAUUUCUGUGUCGGAUUUCUGGAAUCAUGCGAUUAUACUCUGCGAUUAUUGUGACAAAUUUAAGACGUGGUGUCAACUGUCCACAUCCUCACGGGCUUCAGAAUGCAUGGAGAUGGCUUGCAGCCACUUUGAAUAUAGCGCCAAAACCAAAACAUGUUGAUGCCAUAGCAACGUUAAUUUACGACAUACUUCAAGUUUGUGGAAACGCGAUGUUUAAUGCAUACCCGACGCAAUUUUUAAAGCUUCUAAGAACUCUUAAUGAUCAGUACUAUCCACUUCUCCAACAAAGUGGUGUCAUUGGUGGUCCCAUAAGUCGUCUAGAAGCUUUUCUAAGAAAUACUUUGGCAACAAAUAGCAUACCAGCACCUGAAGGACAGCUUCCAUUGAAUAUGUGGUAGAUAAUUAAAUUUAAAAACUUAUAAUUAAAUGGGAAUGUAAAUAUAUUUAUUAUUGCGGUUUAUUAUGUAACUAUUUAAAAUAUUGUGUAAAUAA